GUAACCGAUAUGCUGCUGCUGUUUUUGUAUUGAGUUAUACAUACAUUACGUCCUCGUAUAUGAAAAGUGUACGACAACAAAACAACAGCAACAUUUUUUGCAUUGCCCAUAUACAUCCAUAUUCGCCUAGUAGCUAUGAGUCAUACCCACCUACUUUUUUUUGCCUCACUCUUGAAUAGUAAUAGAGCCAUACGAACGAUUUUUUACAUCUAGAGAGAGCAGUGCUCGGGGGCCUUCGAGUUAUUGCCAAGUCAAUUAUACAUGAAUUUUUGUGUGGCUUCGUCAGGCUUUAGUUUAACGCGUACAGGAAAUCGAAACCCAGAAUGUUAACGCACACAGCGCCCGCACACCACUUUUGUUUUAUCUCUUUCCCCACCUUGCCAAUGGCCGAAUCAAUCAAUCUAUACACCUUCGAGAACAACACUGUGUUCUCCAUCUUUGGCAAAGGUUUGAAGCUCAACACCUCGGACGAUGUCCAAGAAUUUGUCGACACCAUUCUCCAGAUGGACGCCCUCGAAGUCAUUUGCUUGAGCGGUAACACGAUCGGUGUUGAAGCUGCCCAAUCGUUGGCAGCUGCGCUCAAGACCAGGCCCACUCUCAAGCGUGCUUUGUUGUCCGACAUUUUCACGGGUCGAUUGUUGUCCGAGAUUCCCUUGGCGUUGAAGGCACUAUGCGAUGCCUUUGAAGAAACCCAACUGAUUGAACUCGAUCUGAGCGACAAUGCCUUUGGACCUGCUGGUGCCGAGCCAUUGAUUGACUUUUUAUCCAACACCAAAACGCUUCAACAUUUACGACUGAACAACAAUGGACUUGGUAUUGGUGGUGGUACCAUGAUUGCCAAGGCAUUGCAGGCUUGGGCUGACAAGUGCAAAGCCGAGAACCGUAUAUCGACGUUGCAUACAGUUAUUUGCGGCCGCAACCGUUUGGAAGACGGCAGCGCACCCUCGCUCGGCGCAGCAUUUGCUGCACACGGAACGCUACGCGUCGUUCGCAUGCCACAGAACGGCAUCCGUCCUACGGGUAUCAAACGUCUCGUUACGGGACUGCGCGCAUGUGAACAUUUGGAACAUCUCGAUCUGCAAGACAAUACAUUCACUGCCAAAGGAGCCAAGGCUUUGUCACAAUCGAUUUCCAGCUGGCCCAAGCUCCAGGUGCUCAAUGUGGGCGACUGUUUAUUGUCGCACAGAGGCGGUCUUACGUUGGCCGGUGCGUUGAACAAUGGCCACGUCAAGAACUUGACGCGUUUGAACUUGCAGUACAAUGAGAUUCGUGGCGAUGCUAUCUUGGUAUUGGCCGAAGCUGUGCGAACGCAUUUGAAGGAUUUGGAGCAUUUGGAGCUGAACGGUAACCAGUUUGAUCCUGAAAUGCGCGAGGCUCAGUCGUUAAUAGAUGCUUUGGCCGUUUGGUCCCAUGGGGAUGCGUUGGACGAUCUGGAUGAUAUGGAGGAGGUCGAUAGCGAGGAGGAAGAGGAUGAAGAGGAUGAAACGUCGUCGGAUGAGGAAGAGGACAAGGACGAGCUGGUCAAGAAGGCCGAGGCAAAUGAAAAGAAGGAACCAGUGGCCCGUGGUGACGAUUCUAAGGCCGAACAAGAGCUGGUUUCACAAUUAGAGAAGACACAUAUCUAAUUCACUACAAUCUUUUUUAAAAACAUUUCAUAUCGGCUUUACAGAAUACAGAGCUUUAAAGAUCUCUCACUUUGACUCUUCCCUUCCUAACCCCCAGCCACUUCCCCCUUAUUUCCCCACAUUUCGUCCCCACCCUAAUGACAACCAUCUUCUUCCCUUACCUCCGUGAUCAUGCCUCUUUUAAACUUUGUUCUGCAAAAGGCAUGACAGCAGAAAAAAAAAUAACCUUAAACCUUAUUCCUGACAACACACACAAAGCCUAGUUCCCCUUCAUUACCAUUGCACUUUGACACACAACAUACACGCACCUAUACAUCUCAUUCAUCUCUUUAAAAGAACAAAAGAUUAUAAUAUAGCA